CAUCGCGUGAAAGGAUAAUCGCAUAUUGUUGUAAACAAAUCUUUAAUCAUUCAUAGUCAGUAGAUAGUUUCUCGAUGUGGUUCUCUCCUGUAGAGUAAAUAUCAUACGGUGCAAGUGUGUAACGUAAAGAAAUUUACGUUUUUCCGAUAUCUCCAAGACAAUUGAAGCGAUCAGGAUAACUCGGAUAUGUCGCGAUUGAAAUUUGUGAUUUUCUUGAUAGUUUUUGGUGCCACUUUCUGUCAGGACAUCGAGGAGUAUGAAGAUUAUUCGGAGGAAAAUACUCGCAGGGAAAUUAGACAAUACAACCAAGACGCUUGGCGACCUGCAAGACUUUCGGUGGAAGAAACCCCUGGCUGGUCAACCAAAGAGGAGCCGCAAUCACUCUCAGAUAUCAAAAUCAAAAGGAGGCGUCUGCGAAAACGAAAAAGGAAACCACCACUAGUAGAGGAUGGCGAUCCUUACCCAGAGAUACCACCCAGAAGAAAAGUACGUCCACAUGUAUUGGAGGAUAUGCGAGAACUAUGGAAGGAAAUGGAGGAAGACGCAAUCAGCAAGCCGAACGUGAGAAGGAGAGUAACGCCGGUAUACCAGCCUUCGAAAGAAAGCGAAGAAAAAACUGAUUGGCAUGUUGGUGCAGAAAAUAGAAAUCAAGCAAAUGAAGUACUGAAGAAACCGACUGAACCAGAAAAUACCCAAUCAUCAAAACCUCCGCUAAACACAAUAUCCGAUCUAAAGAAAUUGCUGAAGAAGACAGGCGGAAACAUCAGCCUUAGCGAGCUACUGCAGCAGAAAAAUCUAUCGCUGGCCGAACUCCUGAGCGGAAAUGAAAAAGCGAUAUCCGUGUUAACGGAGCCACCACCACAAGCCAUUGAGUCUGCCCAAAUGCCAACAGAGCCCGAGCAGAUCCACAAAUACAAGAGGCUACCACCCUCUAUAGCGCUGAAGAAAACUACAGAUCGAAACUAUGAAGUCGAAGCAGACUCAGUGGAGUCGCUCACUGCCAAAGAAUUAAUGGAGGCUCAGAGAAAACGCCUUGCCAUACUUGGUGCCAAAGAAAGUAAACUGUAUUCUACUGUUGCUCAAUUUGACGUGUUCACAGAAGCUACGACUGAGAGAAGAAUCUUCGUUCCAGCUCAUCCCAAAUACUACACCUCCAUGAACUUCAAACCUGACUUUCUUUCAGACCUUAUGCCUUUCGAGAAAUCUGCUAGCACGACCUCAACCACUACGAGUACAGUCUCUCCUAGUACAGCAGAAACGAUAGAAGCUGAGGAGGCAGCUGUGAAGAAAAAGGGCGCAUUGCCUACCACGAACGCUAAACUGAAACAAACGACGAAGAAAUUGAAAGAGGAGGGUUAUCCCUUCCCUUUCGAAUUUCCGAAGCCCUCGAAAAUAAGCCUGAACGAAAUCAUUGGUUUGAACUACGAAGGUGACGAUAGUGAAGACGGUGGAGAGCCUUUGCGGAUGCCAAUAGACAUAAAAACUAGCAUCGACACUAACAAGGAACAGGUUAGUGUAACAACUGAAAUACAUAGGGAAAACGUGACUCUUGUAACCGCUAGAGAGGAAAUUAUGGAAAUAAUGAAAGACCCCACCGCUAGAGACUCUCUGUCCCGUAUCUUGGAGAUCAGAAAUAUGACACUGCAAGAGUUGGUAGAGCAGAGGGAGCGCGGUUCUAGCCAGCUUCACUUAGCGGAUAUUUUCCACAACAAUACCAGGGAGCCGGAACCCAAAGAAGAGCCCCUGAUCGGACAAAUCAAUCCAGAGUAUUUUGACGUGUUCAAAUCGUACGAAAGGAAGCAGAAGAGUCUGGAUGUGAGGAAAGAGGAGAAUGAAGGAAAUCAUAUUUAUACUACGAUUGGGAAAACUGUAGAAGCAGUAACUGGGAAGACUGUGGAAGCAGUAACUGGGAAGACUGUAGAAGCAGUAACUGGGAAGACUGUAGAAGCAGUAACUGGAAAGACUGUAGAAGUUGUAACUGCCAAACUGGAAAAAAUGACAAUCAAAUCGACGGAACUGUAUCCUGAGGUGGAACAGGAAAGUUCUGGAAAUUCGAUCACUUUCCCUUGGAAGCAGCUGUAUCCAGAUAUAUUCUCAGAAUCUCUGGAAAGCGAGAGAGAUUUUAUAGACCCUAGAAAAAAAUUUAUAGAUGAAAACAGCAAACGUGUGGAGAAUAGCGACAUCGACUAUAUUUCUACUAUAAAUGAAAUAUACGACGCGGAUGAUAACAUCUUCAUGAACAUUCCUUCCGGUGUGAAAUCCGCACUUUUCGUCAGUUUAGCCAUAAUAGGGCUAUCUCUGAUCGUCUUCAUCGCCAUCUUGGUGAUACUCAGGUGUUUACAAAGAAAAACACGUGCAGCAAACUACUGCAGCAGCUUAUCUUCGAGAAUGAGGUCGCCGAUGAUUCUCCAAGGUCGUAGUACGGCAGCUAUCAAGUCUUUCAUGAAUGAAACGUUGGGCAGAAAGAAUAAUUACGUUAGAUCCAGUAUGAAGAGUGUGUCUGAUAACAUUUGGGUUGUCGGCAAAGAAAGAAAAGACUCGUUUUGAUGGUUAAAUGGCGUUAUGUGACUGUUGGUUAUUUAUUGUUGUUAUUUAUGUGAUCGCAAGUGCAAUAUUUUUAGGUCUAAGAUACUUAAGCUCCACUCCUAGUCGAUAUGCGGAUGUAUCGAAAAUGGUAAAAAACCAGUUUCCCGAUUAUCAAAUUGUAAAAGUUAGAUUUUGGAAUUGACUAUCAUCCAAGGAGUGUAGGUUUGUCUAUUUCAAUUGGUAUUGUAUUCCUGGAUUUCUUUUUCAAUCAAAUACCAAAUAGCUCAACACUAUUUAUACAAUUUUCUGGUAUUGUGAAAUGUUUUUCUACUCAUUUUAUUUAUUAUAGGAA